AUGGCGCCGUCGGGGCCGAGGAAGCGCAGGGUGAACCGCCCGGAGAACGAGGAGGUGGCGGCCUGGCUCUUCUUGAAGCACCGGGCCAUGGCGGAGCAGCAGCCGGGCGGCCUCCCGGAGCACCAGGCCCGCGCGCUCUCCACCGCCUACCGCUGCGUCUGCGCCACCAACGUGCCCAUCCGAACCUUCGGCGACCUGGCCCGUCUCAGGGGAGUUGGAGGUUGGGUUGUUGACGUCAUGGAAGACUCCUUUCCAGGGUCCAGCCUUGAUUUGUCCCCUCCGAGAAGUAAUACACCAGGAGAAACGGGGAAGAAGAACACACGAAACAAACCUUAUGUGCCAUGGUUGAAAUCAGCUGCUUAUGCAAUAAUGAUCACACUCUACAGGGAAAUGGAAAGAGGGAAGGAAUUUAUGAUGAGGCAAGAGCUUAUUGAUGCUGCUGAAGCCAGUGCCCAAAUAACAGUAGGAAUUCUCGGAAUGAUGGUUACAGUUUCACUGGAUGGAAUAGCAUGA